AUGGCCAACCCCGUGGGCGAAGAUGGUUGGGUUGCCUACAUUGAGGAGGCCGUGCGAAACGGCUCUGGUCUCGAACACCACGUCAACGUCGUCGAGCUGUACAAACGCGCCGUUGGCGCAGAGCCGGGAAGCUUGCGCCUGUGGCUAGCAUACUGCAACUACUUUUGGCAUCUCUGGGAGAGCAGCAACUCUAGUAAUGCUGGCUGGUCCGAUGAGGAGCAGGUGCUGGGGCGCGAGGUCUUCUCAUUUGAUGCCGCCCUCGAUCUUUGGCAGCAAGGGUAUGAAGCAGUUCAAUAUCGUCUGAGCGAUAGCCACGAACUGUGGGACCGUUGGAUAUCUGUUGAAAUGGAACAGCUUGUCAAGGGCAAAACGACUGAGGGCGUCCGCCGAAUCACCCAGCUCUAUCUCGACCGGUUAUCGACACCCCAUUUAACCUGGGACGAAACGUCGCAAGCAUUUUCGAGCUUUUUAUCGCAAUAUAACAAAUCCGAGUGGGAGAAGACUAUGCAAGAAAUUACAUUAAUUGCCCAAACCACAAAAAGGGCUAUUCAAGUGCGAGACCCGUUCGAGCUGAAGCUGAAGCAAGCCCAGCGCAACCAUGAUAUCGAAAGCGAAAAGGCUCAACUGCGUGAUUACAUUGACUGGGAAGUUCGGGGUUCAAAAAGAAAGCAAGACGGGGCCGACUUGACACUAAAUCUUUGCGCUGGUCUGUUCGACCGGGCGCUAACCGGAUUGUUUGCGACUGAUGAGGAUGUCUGGUAUGACUAUAUUGUGUUCCUAUCCUCCUCGGCAUCUAAAUCUUCUUUCCCGGCAGAUCGCUUGCUCAAUGCGUCACGGAGAUCAGUCCAGCAUUGCCCCUGGUCCGGUCGCCUGUGGAGCAGAUAUAUUCUGUCCGCCGAGGAGGCGAAAUUGGCUUUUGCAGAUAUCGAAUCCAUUAAGAACACUGCAGCCAGCGACGACCAGUUGUACAAAAGCGGCAUGGAAGGUAUGAUUGAAGUGUAUGGAACUUGGUGCGCGCUUCUAAAGAGAAUGGCACUCGAACCAGCUGCUACCGAUGAAGAGUUGGAUGUCGCAGACGAGGGCUUAAGGACCGCCUUGGAAGAGGUGCAUACUACGGGAAAGAGGCUCUAUGGCAAAGAUUUCCAAGGUGACCCCAAGUAUCGACUUGAGCGCAUAUAUAUUCAAUACCUUACGGAGAAGGAGGGCGCCAUUCAAGCCGCCAGGGCACAGUGGAAAAAACUCGAACGAAGAAGCAUCUAUGCAGAUAGCUACGACUUUUGGUUCAACUACUACACGUGGGAGAUGCUUGUCUUCUCUUCCAGCUGGAACCAGGAAGGACAAGACCAUCUCCGAGUGCCCACCGAGGCUACAGCAGUUCUAUCAUCCGCUGCACAGCGCAAGACCAUCGACUGGCCAGAAAAAGUGCUCGACAUGUACCAACAACAUUGCAGUACUCAUGAGCUACCGUCAGUAGUGCGUCAGGCAGACGACUUUGUUCACAAAACGCAAAAAGUUCUUGCAUACCGACGAAAGAGACAAGAAGAGCAGCAAGCUGCACAGUACGCCGCCUACUAUGAGAGUCAGGCGCAGGAACAACAAGCAGAAGCACCCGCAGAAAAGGCGUCAACACAGCAGGAACAAGCAGCGGCUGACGAGAUGGCGUCUCCGAGCGGACCAAAGAGGAAGCGGGAGUCCCUCGCAGAUACUCAGGAAGACGAGACAGAGAAUGCGACCAAACGCCAGCGAAGCGGCGAAGAAAUUCCGAGUGCGUCUGGACAGCCUCCCAAGCGGGACAGGGAGCAUUCCACUAUUAUCGUCACCAAUUUACCGUUUGACGCAACCCAGGCUGCCGUCCGUAAAUACUUCAAACCAUACGGAGCCAUCAAUAACGUUACCGCGUUUGUUAAGGAAAAAGACAGCCAGUCCACCACGGCGUUAAUCGAGUUUAGCUCCCCAGAAGAAGCGCAGUCUGCUCUUCUUAGGGAUUCUAAAUACUUUGGCGAGUCCCAAAUCACCGUACAACUGGGCCAUGAUCUCACCGUCUACGUUGCCAACUAUCCUCCAGCCGCCGACGAGAACUUCAUACGACAGCUGUUCAAGGACUGCGGGGACAUUCUCAGCAUCCGCUGGCCAAGUCUCAAAGUGAACACCCAUCGACGCUUCUGCUACGUCUCUUUCCGCGAUAGAAAAGCCUCGGCCAAGGCCGUCGCCAAAGAAGGCAAGCUCCUGGAAGGCAAAUACCGCCUUCUGGCGAAGUAUUCAGACCCCAACCGCAAGAAGAACCGCGAGGGCGCCAUCGCUGAAGGCCGUGAAGUCCACAUUAGCAACCUCGAUCGGUCUGCUACCGAACAAGACAUUCGUGCCGUGUUUGGCAAAUUCGGAACCGUCAAGAGGGUCAACAUCCCGCUCAAUAUGGCGGGGACGAAUCGCGGGUUCGCGUUCCUAGAUUUUGAGAACAAAGACCAGGCUGAGAAUGCGGUCCAAGAACUCAACAACACCAAGUUCAGGAGUCAAAUCCUGCAGGUCGAAGUCUCCAAAGAAAACAAGGUCAAACCGUCCGCCAAAUCAACUGAUUUCCAGCGCGCAUCCGCCUCGCCUGCCCCGUCGUCAGUAAAAGACACAGAAGGCGACGACGCAAUGGGGGACGCAAACUCAGCUACCGGUCCUUCUAAACCCUCAUCCGCAGAAAUCGCAGCCAGAACCAUCGCCCUAAUGGGCCUGCCUGACACUGUCAACGACGCACGCGUCAAAGCUCUCGUCGAACCACUCGGGUCUAUUGUCAAACUUGUCCAUCAGCCUGGUCAUGGGGGCGCUAUUAUCGAAUUCGUCGAUGUCGCUACCGCUGGCAAAGCUGCCCUUCAACUCAAUAGCAUGGAGUACGAAGGACAGAAGCUCCGCACAGGAUCGGCGGAUGAAUUGCGCCAGAAUAAGCCUGAUAAUCGGGCUGGAGGGCAGAUGACCAAACCAAAAGGUCUUAUGGCUCCUCCGCAGGCUACGCGGCGGGCUGUGCUGGGUAGGCCUGGUCCGAAGAGGGGAUUGGGGUUCACUCCUAGAGUUGCGGCUGCGGCCGCGGCUUCGGCACCUGUUGAGAAGACGGGUGGACAGAAGAGUAAUGCUGAUUUUAAGGCCAUGUUUCUUGCUGGACGGGAAAAUGCAGAGAAGAAGAGUGAUGCGACGGAGUGA